AUGGCCGAAGCAAAAGUUAUUUUGGAACGACUGAACAGCGCCAAUUGGAUCAGCUGGAAGUUCCGGAUGGAGCUUCUAUUAGUGAAGGAGGGUUUGUGGAAAGUUGUUGGCGAACCGAAGCCGCAAGAUGUAACGGAAGCAUGGAUCGAGAAGGAUGCUUCAGCUCGAGCAACAAUUGGGCUAGCCCUUGACGACAGUCAACUGUGCCACGUUAUUAGUGCAGCUACAGCAAAUGAAAUGUGGUCGAUGCUGAAAGGAUACCAUGAACGAGGAUCCUUGUGUAACAAAGUUCAUGUGUUGCGUCAGCUUUGUUCAUUGCGUUUAACGGAAGGAGGUAAUAUGGCGAACCAUUUGGCAGAAGUGUCUGGAUUGGUGCAGAAGCUCGUCGGAAUGGGUGAAAAGCUUGGCGAACAUUGGAUUGUGGCAAUACUACUCUCAAGCCUACCUGAGUCAUACAAUCCGUUGAUUACGGCUCUGGAAGGACACCCGGAGGCGGAUUUGAAAAUGGAGUACGUUAAAGGGAAGUUGCUCGACGAAUGGCGUCGUAGAUGCGAGAAUGAGAAGGAGAAUGAAGAAAGAGCUCUAAGAGCAGAGCGAUCGGCGAACAUCGAUUAUCAUGCUGGAUUUGCGUCGCGAGUAUGCUACCAUUGCAAGGAAGAGGGGCAUAUCCGACGUCGCCCGCAGCCAUCGGUCAAGUGGCUCAUCAAUGGCACGCUGGUGGACGAACAGUACGAGCAUAAUUCUGGCGACGUGAUCGAAAAUCGGUUGCUGUGGCCAGCGAUUCAGCGGUCCGAUUUGAACUCGAUUUUCACCUGCCAGGCCACCAACACCGAUUUGGUGCAACCGAAGGAGAGCAACUACGUGCUGGAUUUAUACCUGAAACCAUUGAGUGUGAAGAUAAUAAACCCACCGACACCAUUAGUAGCCGACCGACGGUACGAGAUCACCUGCGAAAGUGUUGGUUCCAGGCCAAAUGCAGUCAUAACGUGGUACCGGGGAAAGCGACCGUUCAAGAAACCAAAGGACUCCGGUAUAAACUUCAACAAUACAACCCGUUCUGUGUUGAGCUUUGUACCAGUAACGGAAGACGAUGGAAAGCUUAUAACGUGCCGAGCAGAGAAUCCAAAUGUCACCGGUCUGUUCCAAGAAGACUCGUGGAAAAUUGAAGUCGUCUAUCCCCCGAUCGUCUCGCUGCGGCUCGGUUCGACACUGUCGGCGGACGACAUCAAGGAUGGUGACGAUGUUUACUUCGAGUGCCAGGUCACGGCGAACCCCCCAUGGAGGAAAUUACACUGGCUGCACGACGGUCUCAUGAUUACUCACAACGCUUCCGCACGGGUGAUUCGCUCGAACCAGAGUCUAGUCCUGCAAAAGGUAAACCGUAACUCGUCCGGAAAUUACUCGUGCAGCGCAAUCAAUGCCGAGGGAGAAACGGUCAGCAACCAGCUCGUGCUGCGGGUGAAGUAUGCCCCAGUUUGUGCCACCGAUAAAAUCAUCAUCGUGGGAGCGUUCCGCAGCGAACCGUUGCACAUUCCGUGCGAGGUGCAUGCCGAUCCGCCGCCGCGGCAAUUUUUCUGGAAGUUUAAUCACUCGGGCGAAACGCUUGACAUCAACAAGGAGCGGUUCGUGAAAAAUGGGUCACUGAGCAUCUUGAGCUAUACGCCCGUCUCGGAUCAGGACUACGGGACGCUGACGUGCUGGGGCCAGAACGAGGUUGGCAUACAGCAGUGGCCCUGCUUUUUCCAAGUGGUUCUCGCCGGAUUGCCAUCGACGGUGAAAAAUUGUUCGAUAAACAAUCAAACGCAGAGCUCGGUUGAAGUGCAGUGCUUAGCCGGGUACGAUGGCGGUUUACCGCAGAUUUUCAUGCUCGAGCUGAUAUCAAGUAGGAGCGGCAGGAUGAGGUACAACAUAACAAAUCCUGACGAACCCUACUUCGCGAUAGAAUCCCUGGAAUCGCUCAUUCACUACACCAAUCUGUACGACGAUCUCAGCGAUGACAACUCAUUCAAAGCCGUCAUCUACGCUGUCAAUCAGAAGGGAAGAAGCCAGGGAGUAGUUGUUAAGGAUUUCUAUUUCGAGAACACCAGCACAGAAAAUCGAGCCGUCCUAACGAGCACCUCACUGGACAGUAUCUCACCGAUCCUGUUGGGCGUUCUGUUUACCCUGCUGGUGCUGUGUGUCGUUAUUUUUGUGCGAAUAUACUACAUCAAAACGACAACCACCUCCACCAUCACGAGCGUUAGCAACGAUUUGGUUAGCAAUAGCAAACAGAACGGCACCAAGUCGGAAUCGGCAUCCAAGAAGAACUCCAAGCAGAGCCCCCGAUGGCAGCAUGGUGGUGGUGGCGGUGGCGCUGGCGGAAACAGCGGCGGUGGUGGACUGGGAGGAGCCGGCUGUACCAGUGGCCAUCAGCAUGGAGGGCUGGGCGCUGAUGGCAAAGGCAAGGAUGGAAAGCCAGACCCAACGGAGGAUGACAGAGGCGAUCCGGACGUGAUUCCAGCACAGUACGUGUCAAACGAUGGAGAGGAUUCCAGCUUCAAUUCGUCCAAAUGGCCCAACGGGAGCUAUUACGAUCCGUAUCCAAACCAUGAUAUACGACCGACCGAGUUACUGAUACCGCCGUCCGGUAUGGGCCACCUCGGAGGCAUCGCCGCCAUGCACGGGGGCAGCGCAACGUCCACGCCGGUGGUAAAUCAAUUACACCAGAAUAUUAAUCAGCCCACGGACCCCACGGCGACCCUCAAGCUGGGAGCGUACUAUUCAUCGGCGGCUCCGGGAACGGCCCCGAACGGUGGCCCAACGAUAGCACUGUACGGAAGCAGCCAUCACCACCAUCAUCCGUCAAGUGGGCUGAUGCCUAACGGGGGAGCACCCGGAACUGCUGGCCUCAUCGCAACCGCUGCCGGCGGCCCUCAAGGGGUCAAUCCGAACGAUUAUGAUAUCAAUGUACAUACAAUCAAAAAUAUGCUGAUGACUACCAGGGUGCCGGAGAGUUGCGUUUAGAUAGCAAACGAUUUUGGAUGCAUAAUAUUUGAAUAUGUUUGCUCUUUGCGGGGGAACUGCUAGCCCCUGGAAAUGUGUUUCGAAAGUAUGGGUACAAAUGGUGUGUUGUAGCAUGUUUGAUUGAAUAAAUAUAUCGAAUUAAAGCAAGAGUGGAUACUGCGAUGAAAUUCAGAAGAGUAGCAAGCAGGACUAUUGAAAGUUAUUUUUGUCAAAGACGAGAGAAAAUUGUUUUUCGGGUUGAACAUGUACAGUGAGCAAAAAAGAAUAAAUGUUUGUGAUAGGUCCUAAACAU